ACGUGGAAGACACUUGCAAGUUGCAUUGAAUAAUCUAGUCUGGCAAAUCAGUAACGCUUGCCACAGCAUAUUGAUUAUUUUUCUAAUGGAAGAAAUAUCGAGUCCAAAUGCAUCUACCAAAGUAGAAGAUGUUGUUGAAAAUAUUCUACAGUUGGUUCAUACAGCUCCAAUACAGACAUCUAUUCUGGGAAUUGCCAUCAUCUUCUUCCUUUGCUGGUUAAUUAGAGACAACUUGGAACUCAAAAAUAUCAAGGAUAAAUAUAUCUUUAUUACUGGAUGUGACACUGGCUUUGGAAACGUGCUGGCCAAGCAGCUUGACAAACGGGGGUUUCAUGUAAUUGCUGCAUGCUUUACAGAAAAUGGAGCAGAGAAACUGCAGACAGACUGUUCAACUAAAUUGAAAACUGUCAGGCUCAAUGUUACCAGCCAAGACCAUAUUCAGAAAGCAGUGGAUUUUGUACAGGCAGAAGUUGGAGACCAAGGUCUGUGGGGUUUAGUGAAUAAUGCUGGAAGAGCAAUUCCAAUAGGACCAACAGAAUGGCUGACUGUGGAAGAUUUUACCAGAGUCUUGGAUGUUAACCUAGUUGGACUUAUUAAUGUCACCCUUCAUUUUCUUCCACUGGUGAAAAAGGCAAAGGGAAGGAUUGUGAAUGUGGCUAGUGUCAUGGGUCGUAUUUCAUUUGCUGGUGGUGGCUACUGUGUAUCAAAAUGUGGAGUGGAGUCGUUUUCAGACAGUUUAAGGAGGGAUAUGCAGCACUUUGGAAUCAAAGUCAGCAUUAUUGAACCAGGUUUCUUCAAGACAGAAACUACAAACUUAGAGUUUAUUGAGAAAAACCUUCAACAGCUUUGGGAGAGACUCACCCCUGAGACAAGGGAUCACUAUGGGCCAAAUUAUUUUAAUAAUUACAUUAAAGUACAACGGUUUUCAAUGCACUCACUGUGUUCCACUGACCUUGAGAAGGUGACUAACUGCAUGGACCAUGCUUUAACAGCAAAAUAUCCACGAACACGUUACAGCGCUGGAUGGGAUGCAAAGUUUUUCUGGAUUCCUAUCUCCUACACACCAUCAUUUCUAGUAGAUUGCUUGUUACGUUUGUUGUUACCUACCCCUGCAUAUCGUUUGAGAAAAUCAAAAGCCAGGAACAUAGUUGGUGUAUAAUUACUUCAUCUAGAAAUGCACAUAGGCACUAUAUGUAGCAUUAUUACAAAGUAAUUUUUUUCUAAGUUUUAAUUGGGUAAGAUAGAUCUUGUUCUUUCAUAAUAAAUAGAGGAUUGUACUUGGGUCUUAUAUGUGAUCAGUAUCUUUACAACAAGUGAAAAAAAUUCAGAAAUAAAAUGAAGAUAUUAGACAUAAGUCUACAAUAAUUAAGUAGAGAAAAUUCCUUCCUGUGCCGUUUAGAUAUGUGGUUCAGUUCUAAAUUUGAACAUAUUGCAACAAAGUACUUUUAUUGAGAUCCAAUUUGCCAACUCAGUACUGAAUGGAUCUGUAGUUGCAAGGCUCUGUCUUUAAGGUGUGGUCAAGUUUUGAGUGUAUCGCUUUCACAGAGUGCUACUGUGAUGUGUCAUGACAGUGUUUCAAGUUCUUGAAGCUUACAUACAUUGUCUGUUUCACUUAGGCACAAUAAACCCAUAUUCUACAACAAUGAGAUCUGGAAUGCUUAUCGAUGAUUUAGAGACUACAUUUAUUCUUUAGCCCUUUUUUAAUCUUUUGAAAAAUAAAGUAUGCUUUAUUUUUAUUGUACUUUUUACAUUUCAUUCAUGAGCCAGUUCUGAUUAACCUAGUAAAGUGUUAAUGCCAAUUUUGGAAUUUUUGAAUUGUGUUCCAAAAACUAAGCUUAAUGGUAGCAACACAUUACAUUAAAUGUUUCUAAAAAUGUAAUUUUUAAUGUUUUGCAUUAUGAACUUGUUUGUAAUAAUGCAUUGUUUUGAUUUUUGAAUACGGUAUUGCAUUUUUCCCAUGGAAUAGUUUUACUUUGUUUUGUUGGAGCAAGAAAAAUUUGCUACUUUUCCAUGUCAAACCAAUGUGAAUAAGAAUUGAUCAGUGAUCUGGAAAAAAAAGUAUAUGUAUAAUUUACAUGGAUUAAAACUCUUCAUGAUGUUUAUGUUUAAAAAAGAAUCUUUUUCAAAAAAACACAGCUCUCUACCUCUAAGCCUCAAUGUGUGGAACAGGCAUAAUGCAUAAUAAAGAUGUCUAUAAUUGAAAUACAGAAUGGCCUACCUGUUCCUCUACUGAAUUGUACAUCUUUUGAAGGAUAUCCAAAACAAUAUAGAACAAUUUCUAUGCAUAUCUAUAAUUCUUAAUUCAUCCAUUGAUUUUUGUAUCAUGCUUGAGUAUUUUACUGAUGUAUAGAAUGGAGCAAAUCCAUAAGGUAUGGUGCUUAACAAUCUAAGUGACCUACAUAAGUGAAACCAUUAUUGCACAUCAUAAUGUGUGGCAUCAGCAGAUUUGCACUGAGUAGGACACUGGUAGGGGAGUAGAGAAGUGUGCAGUUCCAUGCUUGAUUCCAUAGUAGUGAUGAGGUGCCCAACAAUGUACCACUGAAGAUUUCCUUUGUGUUGCACCAGGACUAAAAUACCCUGCCACUCAUGGAUGCAGGCAUGUAAACAAAGUCCUUGAUUGGAAGUGUACACAUCAGGAAUAUGCCCAGAUCUGCUGCACAGAGAUAAGUAGAGAGUAAUACAAGUACAUUAUUUGAAAAGGAAAUGACAACAGUUUGCAUCUAAAUAGGUACCAAUUCUUAGAAAAUUGUAUCAACAUGUUUUACUGAUGUGAGAUGAAACAAAGAUGUCAAGCGAGAAAGGAGGUAUUAAGAGACUGAAGGAAUGCUUGGUCAAUAACAUGGGAUGUAAAAAGAAUGUCAAGUGAGAUGGUCGAGGAAAGAAUUUCAGAUUAACGAGCCUUUAUGGCUUACUGCAUAACCACGAAUAAGAGCACGGUGAGGGGGACACAAGAAGCUAGUGUCAGGAGAACACAUGAGAAUAUGGUUGAUGGGAUGGGAAUUGUAUUUUAAAAGUCAGAAACAAAUAUAGAAAAACUCAACAAAUCUGGUAGCAUUUGUAGAGAGAGAAGUAGUAUUAGUAUUUUGAGUCCAGUAUGACUCUUCUACAGAGCUCAUUGUUCAGAGUCAUAU